AUGCAGAAGCAGAAGUGCAGAACACGAAGCAGUAGUGCAGUAGUUGGAGCUUCUGGCGCAACUUCUGUCAGCCACCGCCGCUGCCGCGCAGUCUGUGAAGCUAACGUCAGUCACCUCUGUUCGCAGCUUCGCGCAGCCACUUUUCGUCAUGCAGUGAGCUCAGAAAUCAUAACCACCGCCAGCGCCACUUUCCAUCGCGCAGUGUAUUCCACCGGCACCAGGUCUGUUUCCCCCUUCCACCCAUCAGCCACUGUCUUGCCUCUUGCCAACCACCUCCUCGCCAGCUCUUUUGUAUCCCUCUUGCAUGCUCUAUUGAAGGCGUCUUCGAGCUUCCAGCAACGAUUUAACAAAGGUGAAAGAGGUGUCUUCCGAAGUAUCAAAGUAUAUCCACUGGAACCAAAUGACAAGAGACUUAAUUAUGAACCACCUACAGAUUUACUUAGCAAGCUAAUAUUUGAGCCUGAUUUACAGUUGUCCCUGGUUUUUGAAGUGAAAAAAGCUGCAAAACUGCCAUCUAAGCUCGACGAUGACAUUGAUGCAUUGGAGGGGAGGGGUUAUGGUUGUAGAGGAGCUAGGGGUGGUGGCCAAGGUAAAGCCCGACGUGGAGGAAAAGGCGGAGAGGAUGAGGGUAGCGGUGGAGAUGAGGGUGGUGAUGGUGGAUAUGAUGGCGGUGACGACGGUGCUGAUGGAGGUGGUAGUGAAGGAUAUGAUGGAGGUGACACUGGUGGAAGUGGAGGUGGUUACGGAGGUCAUGGUGGUGAACGUGAUGGUGGUGUGGGUGGUGGUAGUGGAGUUGGUGAUGGUGGUGGUAGUGGAAGUGGUGAUGGUGGUGGUGGUGGAGGUGGUCAGGGCGGUGGUUAUGGUUGCGGUGGAUAUGAUAGUUAUGGAGGUGGUGGAUUAUGUAGCGAUAGAGGUAGCGGAAUGGUCGGUUGA